CGGGGCGGCGUCGGGGGCUGGUGGCGGUGCGUGGGACGCGCGGUGUGGGGCGCCUCCGCCGUUCCUUUGCCGACCUCAGUCCGGGCGCCGCCGCCCGCCUCUCCGUCGCUGAGCAGCCGCGGCCCGGCCGCGGGGCGACGCCGAGGCCCUGGCGCAGCCGCCGCCCCCAUCGUCUCCGCCGCGGGCGCAGACGUCGCCCGGGCCGGCGAAGGUGGGCGCCGUCCCCAACCGCCGCCUGGGCAGCGUCCGCGGAGUGCCCAUGUCGUCGCCGCCGGGGCGCCGGGCCCGCCUGUCGUCCCCCGGGACCGGCCGCUCGUCCUCCGAGACGCGCGAGGAGCUGCGGCGCCGCCUCCUGGGCCUCAUCGAGGGCAACCGCGUGAUGAUCUUCAGCAAGAGCUACUGCCCGCACAGCACGCGGGUUAAAGAACUCUUUUCUUCCUUGGGAGUUGAAUGCCAUAUCUUGGAACUUGAUCAAGUUGAUGAUGGGGCCAGUGUUCAAGAAGUGCUGUCAGAGAUCACUAAUCAGAGAACUGUACCCAAUAUUUUCGUGAAUAAAGUACAUAUGGGUGGAUGUGAGCAGACUUUCCAGGCACAUCAGAGUGGUGUAUUAGAGAAGCUCCUUCAGGGUGAUUCAGCAUAUGACUAUGACCUCAUUGUCAUUGGUGGCGGUUCUGGUGGCCUUGCAUGUGCUCAGGAAGCUGCCGUUUUGGGAAAGAAAGUUAUGGUGCUAGACUUUGUGCUGCCGUCCCCGCAGGGCACGUCCUGGGGUCUUGGUGGUACUUGUGUAAACGUAGGCUGCAUUCCUAAGAAGUUGAUGCAUCAAGCUGCCCUUUUGGGGCAGGCCUUAAUUGACUCAAGGAAAUUUGGCUGGGAGUAUAAUCAACAAGUGAAGCACAACUGGGAGACUAUGACAGAAGCCAUUCAGAACCACAUCGGCUCUCUCAACUGGGGCUACAGGCUGUCGUUGAGGGAGAAGGCUGUGGCCUACGUCAACUCCUAUGGAGAGUUUGUUGAACAUCAUAAAAUAAAGGCAACCAAUAGAAAAGGACAGGAAACUUGUUACACUGCUGCCAAAUUUGUCAUUGCAACAGGUGAGAGGCCACGGUAUUUAGGGAUCCAAGGAGAUAAAGAAUACUGCAUUACCAGUGAUGACCUUUUUUCUCUGCCUUAUUGCCCUGGCAAAACGUUAGUAGUGGGUGCAUCUUACGUUGCUCUGGAAUGUGCAGGGUUUCUGGCGGGCCUCGGCUUGGAUGUCACGGUUAUGGUGCGCUCAAUCCUUCUUCGUGGCUUUGAUCAAGAGAUGGCAGAGAAAGUGGGUUCCUACAUGGAACAACAUGGUGUUAAGUUCUUAAGAAAAUUCGUGCCUGUGAUGAUUCAGCAGUUGGAGAAAGGUUCCCCUGGAAAGCUGAGAGUAGUGGCUGAAUCCACUGAAGGGCCAGGCGCUGUUGAAGGAGUAUACAACACAGUUUUGUUAGCAAUUGGUCGUGACUCCUGUACAAGGAAAAUAGGCUUGGAGAAGAUUGGUGUCAAAAUCAAUGAGAAGAGUGGCAAAAUACCAGUCAACGAUGUGGAGCAGACCAACGUGCCCUAUGUUUAUGCCAUUGGGGACAUUCUGGAGGGUAAACUUGAGCUCACUCCUGUCGCCAUACAGGCGGGCAAGCUGCUGGCUCGAAGACUUUUUGGGGGCCGUUUAGAAAAGUGUGAUUAUAUUAAUGUGCCAACUACAGUGUUUACUCCUUUGGAAUAUGGCUGCUGUGGAUUAUCUGAAGAGAAGGCUAUUGAAGUGCAUAAGAAAGAGAAUCUGGAAGUGUAUCAUACUUUGUUCUGGCCUCUUGAAUGGACGGUAGCUGGCAGAGACAACAAUACUUGUUACGCAAAGAUAAUUUGCAAUAAAUUCGACAAUGAGCGAGUGGUAGGAUUUCACAUUCUUGGACCGAAUGCUGGUGAGGUUACCCAAGGAUUUGCAGCUGCAAUGAAAUGUGGGCUCACGAAACAGCUGCUCGAUGACACCAUUGGAAUUCACCCCACGUGUGGUGAGGUGUUCACAACCUUGGAAAUCACAAAGGCAUCGGGACUAGACAUCACUCAGAAAGGCUGCUGAGGCUAGUCCUGCUGCUGUUUGGUUUCCUCGUCCUGUUCCCAUUUCUCUGAAGGAAGAUGCUCUCGGCUGAGGUGAGGCUGUGCUCGUGGCACCUGCCCUGGCGUGCAGGGACCGGUGCAGAGAUGAGACAGUGGACGAGGAGACAGGACAGCAGCGGGGGCGGCCGCUCGGCAGGCUUGCUGACUGGGAGAGGCAGGUGCACUGCUCCUUGACGUCUUCGCUCACAGCCUCUCUGAGGGGAGCCAGGACCGAUGCUCUUCCAAGUCAGAGCGGAGCCUCCCUCUGGCAGACCUUGUCCUCACACAACUACCCUAAGUUACUUUGCUGGUCGCCAGUGUUUUCAUUCCCUUGCUUUGUUGUUCCUCUGAAGAUAUUUCCUCGGGUGUGAAACUAUGAAGUGGUGAUCCUCCAGGGCGUGGGCCUGGGAUUCACACGCGGUCCUAGCGAGCGGCAUCUGUGGAAAUGCCCUCGGGUAGCUGGCUGCAGAGGACGGGCUGCGUUGGUAGAGGCGGCACCCGCCGUGUGGAGUUUGGUCAGCCGUCUUCUCCCUUGAGUGCACGUGGACCCACUGUCGGAAACCUGCCUCACGCCUCACCCGCUCCUGGUUUCCUGAUGCUCACCACCGUGGAGUCCUUCUCCUCUUAGUGUCUCUAGACCGUGUGGAAUAUCUCCUGUCGGAGAAACGUGCUUGAAUUUCUUUUUCCUGUUGAUCUUAAGAGUAAUAUUAAAAAGUUUUCAAUACUGUA